GAUUUAUAAAGAGAUUGAGUGCGCAAUAAGAAAGGAUUGACAGAUUUAUUUUGUUCCAUUUUCACGUUUAAAAUAAAUUUAGCUCUAGUCUGCUAGUAAUUAUCUUCACACUUUUAUAACCACAUUAUUUUCUGUUGUUGGAGUCUGAAAAGUUACUGGUAUAUCCUACUGUUUUGUACAACUGGAAAUUCAAGCACACCGAGUUUCUGUCCAGAUAUUAGAUUCAAUGGAGCUGCCAGUGCUCCUCACUAUGCACAUUUUGCUCCAAACUUUAUUGUGAUUUGCAUUGACUACAUUUCGAAGUUCGUUAACGGCGGUUAAUUCAACAGAAUUUAAAAUAAUAUAUUUCCUAAACAAAGUAUAAUAAUUUUAUGCAGAAGACAUGCCAGGCGACGAUCCAACAUUAGAACGACAUUUCCGAGGGCAUCGAGAUACUGUAACGGCCCUUGCAUUUAAUUCAACUAUGACGCAGCUUGCUUCUAGUAGCCUCGAUUCAAGUAUUAUGAUUUGGAAUAUGCGGCAACAUAUACGGGCAUUUAGCUUCAAGGCUCACAAGGAUGGAGUCAUGGAUAUAUGUUUCUCUCCAUCUGGGCACUUAGUAGCUUCUGCCUCAAGGGACCGAAGUGUUCGUCUGUGGGUCCCAUCAGUUCAGGGAGAGACUGGAGAAUUUCGUGCCCACACAGGCACAAUUCGAUCCGUCCAUUUCUCACCAGAUGGGAAAUGUUUGGUGACAGCAUCAGAUGAUAAAAGUGUCAAGAUAUGGGAUGUUGCCAGGAAGAGGUUCAUCUCAGCUCUUCUAGGGCACAACAAUUGGGUUCGUUGUGCUCGAUUUGCUCCAGAUGGGCAACUCAUUGUUUCAGCUUCUGAUGAUAAAACUGUUCGCUUGUACGACCCCAAAAGUUCCCUGUGUGUGCAUACAUUUCAGGAAAUAACAGGUAGUGCCGUGAAUGUAGAAUUUCAUCCCAAUGGAACAUGUAUUGGAACAGCAAUGACAAACAAUGUCGUGAAAGUGUAUGAUAUUCGUGUGAACAAACUGUUGCAGCAUUACCAUAACCAUGAUGGUGCUGUCAACAAAAUUGCAUUUCAUCCAUAUGGAAAUUAUUUGCUAACAGCAUCCAAUGAUUCCACCAUGAAGGUUAUGGACCUUUUGGAGGGUCGACCCAUUUACACAUUGCAAGGACAUGAGGGUCCCAUAACAUGUGUGACAUUCUCAGCAAAUGGACAGUAUUUUGCAUCUGGUGGGGCUGAUCAGCAGAUAUUAGUGUGGAAGACAAACUUUGAUUGUGAAAAUCUUCUGCGAGAAUUUCCUCAUCAACCACAUGAGACCCAUUUGAAAGAAGCAAAACAUGAUUUGAACUCUUCCGUCAUAUUUCAAGUAGACGCUAGAAAAGUUGUUAUGGUCAAGAGCGAGCCGGAUAUUCAUGAAUCAGCAAUAGAAUCAAUUGAUUUGGAGGAAAGAACAGCUCCAAACCAGAUACCUUAUUGCAACACAGCUGAAACAGUAGACCUUGUCAGUGAAGAGGAUUCUUCUCCUGACAAGUACAGUGAUUGUGUCGAAAGGCACUUUAAGGUAGCUGGGAGAGUGAGUAGAAUCCCGGAACAUUUAGGCCAACCUUCUUCAGCAUGUGACACCAAAAAUUCAUCACCUGCCGACAGCAAUGACAAGAGUACCAAGCAAGUUUUGGAAAAGCUUUGCGGUCAAGUUGAAAUGUUGAGAAAAUCUAUUGUUCUCAUGGAAGAAAGACUGACAUUAAUUGAGGAUAAGACAAAAGAUAUAGUCUUGUCUAAAGACCAGUAAAAUUGAGAAUUGUUUCUUAUUGAAUUGAGUUUUACAAAAGUCAUUUAACGUGGUGUUUCUCAAAAGUACAGCCAUAUAAAAUCUGCUAAAACAUUUAGAAAGUUUGUGUAUAAUAGUUAUUCUGUUGGAUUUUAUUCAUUGUAUAAAUGCUUUUAACCUUUAUUGGUAAACUGGCUUAUCGCUAAACAAUUAAUCUUGGUGUUAAAGUCUGGCCAGCAAUCCUUUAGUUCAGGGGUUUAAAUUCCCAUUCCUUUAUGAUGAAAGUUAAGCCACAGCAUUGUGGAAGCUGGUUCUACAUUCAUCUUCAGGUGACUGUGAUGGUCAAGCCAGUCCGAGACCCCGUCUAACUUGAUAGGGGGAGAACAGAUCAAGCUUUUAUCCUCUCCCAUGGUCACCUGAAGAUGGAUGUGGAACCACCGUCUGAAAUGUGUUAUAAAACUUUGAUUUAGAGAGGUGUGAUAUGUUAUCAUCAGAGAGGUAAUGUAAAAUGUUACUAUAUUCUAUUUUCAGUACACUUCUGGUAUUCAUAUUUGUAGGAUGUGAGGUUUUCAUGGGAGUUAGUCUGAAGAUGGCUGUUUUCAAAUUUCAUACUUGCUGAGUUAUUAGUACUGACACUAGAUGGCAAAAGGUGUAUGUGGAUGGUAUAUUCAUGAAAUUGUGAUGUUACUACAUUAAUUACUAAUGCCUUAUUAUUUUGGUUUAGAAGAAGUGCUGACUUUGCAUUAUUAAUAUUACAGUGUUCAGAAACUAUAUAAUUAAUUUAAAAUGAAUAUGUAAUUUUACCAUCACCCUGUAAGUUAUAAAGUUCUAAGUUCUAAAGAAGCCUUAUUUAAUUUUAUAUAAACUUUAGUACCUGGAAAAUGUUGAAGAAAAAUCUUUUUAAUAAUCUUUCCUCCUUGAUUAUCUUUCUUUCACCAAUGAAUCUUAUAUCCUACAAAAUGCAUAAGUUGUGAGCAAAUAUUCAACUCUUUCCAUUCUCUGAAGCCACACCCCACGCAUCUCUCUCUCUCUAUGUGGCUGUCACUUUGUGGUUACACUUUUGUCAGCUAGAUAUGAUUUAUAUGGAAGCAGUGUAUUGCCAUGUCAGAGUUGCUGACAAUGAGAAAGUGAUGUUAUUUUUAAAAUGAUAUUUGGGGAUAAUGAGAAACGUAUUUUGGGAUGCCACUGAACUCGGAGAUUCACUGCCAACACCACAUUCUAGAAUGUAUGUAUAACUGAAGCAAGGUUAAAAACUACAAGAGGUUGCAGCAUAACUUAGGCAUAUGUGCUCUAGUAGAUUAAAAAAGGAUGAUGGCAUAUCAUUUUAAAUUUAUUAUAAACAAUAAGAAUUCGGGAAGUAAAAUAGAGGCAAAUGGAAAUGUUAAAAAAUUACAAUAAGAAUAAAGAAUGUACUACACAUGCUA